CUCAUAUUUGCCCCUUCAUACCAACAUAUCAACAAUAUCACAGUGAUGAAUAUGAUGCACUUAGGUUAGGGGUAUAUAAGUCCUUGCCAAACGACCAAAUUACCCCACCACAGCUCUCAUAUACUAAUAUACUAUAAACUGGUCCCACUAGCUAGGCCACCAUUCAUAUUCCUAAGUCAAUAGUCUUGCCAACAAGAACUCGUGCCAAAUGACAAAAAUACCCAUCACCAAACUUCUCAACAGGACUACCUGUGGCUGUUAGUGUUUAUAUCAUAUUCCCACUCGCUUACUAAAGUCAAGAUCUGGUUAAAUUACAUAGAUGCCCAUUCCCCUUAAUGACACUUUUUAAAGACUUCUAAUAGACCAAGUCUUCUCUUUUGCAAACACACACACACACAGAAAGAAGACGAUGAGAGAAAGUAUAGGAGAGAAAUCAGGAAUCAGCGAAUCAGUGAUCAUAAAAGCUUCUUCUUUAUCAAUCAAAUCACACAAAUCCAACGGCUAUAUCAAGGAAUCCGGUCCCGAUGAAACCAUUUUCGCCUUCACCGGAUCAUGGUCCGUUCAAGAUUUUUACAGCCGGGACCCGUUUGGCGAAACCAAGAUCGAUCUUUCGCACUUUCCAUCACUAAAAAGCAUCGGAAACAAUGAACUUGCCAAGAUCAAUCAAGGAUUCUUCCAAAGAUUCCAAUCCCUCUUUCAAACACCAUCUUUCAAGUCCGAGGUAGAGAGAGCGGUGAACAAAGAGAAACCCAUAAUCUUCACCGGACAUUCUUCCGGCGGUCCGGUGGCCAUCCUGGCGGCGGUUUGGUACCUUGAGGAAUACACGCGAUCCAACGGUCGGCCGCCCUGUAAAUGUUUAACUUUCGGGUCACCUCUCGUAGGUGACCGGAUAUUCACACACGCCUUAAACCGAGAAAAUUGGGCGCGUUUCUUCCUCCAUUUUGUCGGGAGAAACUUCCGGAAACAGUCACCUUCGGGGUCACAAGAAGCUUUGACUUUUUACAAAACGGUUUUGAAGAAUUCAUCGUCUGUUGCGAGUCAUGCUGCUUGUAAUCUCAUGGGAAGUACAAACUCGUUACUUGAAGUGAUCUCGAGUUUUGUUGAGCUUAGUCCUUACAGACCUUCCGGAACGUAUGUUUUUUGUAGCGGGAAUGGGAAAUUGAUUUGUGUGACGAAUCCGAAUGCGGUUCUUCAGAUUCUGUUUUAUUGUUGCCAGCCUGGCAGUGAAGCGGAAGCUAUGGAUGCAGUAAGUAGAAGCUUAAACAUGGAUUAUAAUGAUGAAUUGGAAGAGAGCUUAUUAGGGAUGCAAGAUGUUGUGUACCUUGACGAUGAUAUGGAGAUUCCAAUGUCUUCCAAUGAUAAAGGUUCUGGUGACACUGACACAGCUACCAUAAACGCAGCUUUAAAGGACCUUGGUCUGAGCACAAGGGCAAGGCUAUGUCUUCAAGCAGCACAAGCGUUUGAAAAGCAAAAGCUACAAAACCAAAAUACAAUUGAUUCCAAGAAACCCCAGAUCAGGAAAACCCUCAAGAUAAUAGCUGACUACCAAAAAACAAGUGAAGACCGAAAGAUUGGUUAUUAUGAUGCUUUCAAGAUUCAAAAGGGUAAUGAUGACUUCAAUGCAAAUGUAACAAGGCUAGAACUAGCAGGUAUAUGGGAUGAGAUUGUGGAAAUGUUGAAACGUUAUGAACUCCCGGAUGGAUUUGAGAGUGAGGAAGAGUGGAUCAAGUUAGGAACCGAGUUCAGGAGACUGGUGGAGCCAUUAGAUAUAGCUAAUUACUAUAGGCACUCAAAGGAUGAAGACACUGGGACUUAUUUGAGAGAUGGGGGUAGACCAAAGCGUUAUAAGUACACUCAAAGAUGGUGGGAGCAUGAAAAGAAGUUGAAUGAAGGGUCGAGCUCAGAGACCAUAUUUUGGGCAAAAGUAGAGGAGAUGAAAAGGAAACCAUUUGAAGAGAUAAAGGAUCAAAUUGUUGCUAUGGAGAAACAAGUCAAAGAAUGGGUUCAGAAAGAAGAACUGAACAAGGAUGUGUUCCUGGAAAAAUCUACCUUUGUUAAGUGGUGGAAAACGCUCCCUGAGAAGCAUAGAUCAGAAUCUUGCCUGAAAUUUCACUUCCAGACUUCCACAUAGUGAAAACAAACAUGUUUUAUAAAGAAAGAAGACCACUUUCAUCUACAAUAAGCAACUAAUGGUUAUCUUGUGUACCCUACCCCUACCCUGUAAUGGUGUCUAUGUCAUUUGUCAUGUAUCUCUUUCGGUUCCAAUAAAUACAUUCAUCCAAAUUGUAAUAUAUGUAUUUAUUCAUACAUAAUACAUACAUAAAUAACAUGGAAAGCUUCAAGAUUCCUUAUUAUACUGCUAAUGAUCAGUUGAAUAAGGUUUAAAGAUGCCCUCUAUAAAUUUCAAUCAAAACGU